AUGCGCAUCGCCCUAUCGGCCGAACCGAACGCACCCCUCGUGCGCUGCCUGUGGUCGCUCGGUAUGAGGAAGGACAUCGCGACGAGCGUCCGGGCGGAGCUUCUGAAGCGGGAUGCCCCGGAUUCAUUGGCACGGGUCGUCCUUCACGCACUGCGCCAGAUGCUCGCUGUAGAUCGCCACAAACGCGGGACUUCAUGGGAGGAAGACGUGCAGGCGCUACUACGCUUCCACAACUUCGCGAACAGCCCGGACGCCCACUUGCCGCACGAUGACCUGAUGCUGAGAACCAGCUUCUUGAUCGCUGUGGAGGCCGAACAGGUGGACAACGUGUACGCUGCCUUGUGCUACUUGGCAGCGGCUGUCCACAUCGACUCUGCCGCACCGUGCAGUUACGCGACCGUGACUCGCGUACUGUCGGCUGCUGAGCAAUGGAUCGAGCAGAAACAGCCGCCGAGCACGGCGAAGCAGUCCAAAAACGUCCCGCAAGUCUACAUGUCCGCCUUCGCCAUUGUCGCACAUUGCACCCUUCGUCUUAUGACAGGGAAGAUGGUCACGCCUCACCCAUCAAACGACCGCAUUGUCAGGCAGUGUGGGCGCGCUAGAGUCGCCCUGGACAGGCUAUCGCGCUUCUUACCAAAAAUGACGACCUUAGAAGUCGACGUGGCCCUCUGCGACGAGCUUUUGUGGGGUUUGACGCUGCUUCUGCAACCGCUGACAACCCUUUCUCGCGUCAAGCCAGCAGCGGUCAGCGAAGAUGUCGUCGCCACCUUGGAGUCAGCGUGGAUUGCUGCUCAACCUUCGCUCAAACCUUCGCUCGCGCCUGCGAAACACAGUGGCCGUCCACAAAAUGCUGAAGAAUCCAUCGCCGGUCGGCUGGCCCUCCUACAGCAGAACACGUAUUCGUGUUUUGACGCCUUUGGAAUGGUCCUCGCUCCUCAAUAG